CAUUUCAGUUGUUUCUGCUUCACCAUCGCGUCGAGACAACUUCUUACACGUGCGUUUUCUGCACAUAGUGGUAGCUUAGCUACUUAGUAAACUGCGUAAAAUAAAAUAAAAAACCGCUAAAAUAAACUUAUAAAAAUUCCAGGCAAGUCCCGCGUGAGUCUCGAGAUCUGAGUAGUGAAUUUGGUGGUCUCGUGUGACGAAUUGUCGUUUUGCGAAGCGGUGUUUUUCAUUCAACUUUCCUACUAUUAUAUUUGUCGCGAUUUUUUUUUUCUUUUUCAAUCACUAUGAAUACGACAGUUAUGUAAGAAGGAAUCCUUUCAAGUGAUUCAGUUUCAAUAUUACGCGUAGGAGUACACGACAGCUUUAGCCUACAUUAUUGCCGAUGAUGAAAUGAAACAUCAUUUUUUUUCACUUUCCUAUACUCGACACUUUUGCCAAAAUAAAAAAAUUAAUUCAAAAUGCGUAUCGGUGAACUUGGUGAUAUUCGUUGGUGUUUUAAAUCGUAUCGAGUUAUGAUUAAUUAAGAUCCAGACGAAGGUGAUUUUCAAUUCGAAACUAAAAAAAGCAAUACACUAAAACCAAGUUUAGUACGCGAUUAGGUACCGAAGUGCCCGCGAACAAAGUACCUACAUACCCGGACGCAUUUCUGAAGUACAAACUGUGAAAAUGGUAGACAAGCUGCACAACUAUCAAGGCACUGUCGGUCAAUUACACACAAUUCGCGAAACAGUUCGAACGAAUUACGAAAAUUGGAAAGAAAAUCGAGGAAAUUUCGAAGCCAAGAAAAUCAUCGACAGCGUAUUCCGUAAAGAACAAGUCACUGAGAAGUCUAAACAACAGGAGGAGUUCCCUUUCGCUCAUUUGUACAGGAAGAAGACGCGAUGGGAACUGGUCAGAUUAUGCGCAACUGUAAUGGGCAUAGAAUUCACUUACUCAGCCAUAACAGCAUUUUCAGGACCAAUUUUACUAGAAAUUGGCGUCAAACAGAGUGUCAUGUCGUUAGUAUUCACCUUAUCUCCCAUCCUGGGAUUCUUCCUAUCACCUGUUACUGGCUCAUUAAGUGAUCGAUGCGAGUCCAGAAUGGGACGUCGACGUAUUUUUAUAGUGAUUUUCUCGAUUUUUGAAAUUAUCGGUCUGAUGUUAAUUCCACAUGGUAAAAGAUUCGGCGAAUAUGUAGGUGGAAAAUCUACACAUUUGUAUCGAAAUUACACAAUGCAGCAGCAAAAAAACAGCACCAUAGCUGAAUUAGUCCUUCAGCAAGACGCCAUUACGAAAAGCUCGUCGACUUGGGUGAUAGUUUUUACAAUUCUUGGCAUUGUAGUAGGUGACUAUUGCGCCGAUGCUUUGCAAAAUCCUAGUCGAGCGUAUUUGCUGGAUGUAUGCAGCGAAGAGGAUCAUACUCGUGGUCUAAGCACAUUCACCGUAUUGGCCGGAUGUGGAGGUACAGUUGGAUAUGCUCUCGGUUCUGUCGAUUGGGAUAACAGCGCUUUAGGUCGUUCAAUGGGAGGUCACAUAAAUACCGUGUUCCUUCUAACAACAAUCAUGUUCACAUUUUGUGUCAUCUUGUCGAUCACGACAUUUCGCGAAGUUCCUUUGAAAAUGCUCCAUAGAGUCGAAAUGCAAUACAGAGAACAUUGCAGUAAACAUGCUUUUGCUAAUAUUGACGAAGAUCUGGAUCAAGAAGAUACCGCGAUGAAAGGCGACAACGAAUUCGAAAGCGAUUCCGCCGAUAAGGAAGCUAAAGAAGGUUCAUUAUUUUUGAACAUCGAACCCGCAACAAAAGAACAGUCGAGUCAAUCGAAAAGCAAUUGCCGUAAAGGAAGUUUACUCAAAUCGAAUCAGAAAGAUUCUCAAAUUUCAAAGGAGGAAGAUGACUUUUAUGACGAGAGCAUGCCGAGCCUGGAUGUGUACCUAUCGUCCAUUGUUAAACUUCCAUAUUCGAUACGGAUACUUCUGGUGACAAAUGUGCUUUGUUGGAUGUCGCAUGUAUCUUAUUCGCUGUAUUUUACCGAUUAUGUCGGCGAAGCUGUUUUCGGCGGAGAUCCGAAGGCACCUAGUAACUCAAAAGAAAAGUUCGCCUAUGAAGAAGGGAUCCGAUUUGCAUGCCUGGGAAUGACUGUAUACUCGUUUAGUUGUUUGAUAUGUUCAUUAACGAUGGAAAAAAUAAUACGAAGAUUUGGAUUGAAGAAAGUUUACAUCGCCAACAUCAUCAUCGAUACGUUUUCAAUGUUCCUAAUGUACUAUUUUAAUAGCAAAUUCGCUGUCAUAUUAUUUUCAUUCGCCAGCGGCGUCUUAUAUUGUACUAUUUUCACCAUCCCCUACAUCAUUGUCGCACGUUAUCACACAUUAAAUGUGUUUGAAGUAGACGAAAAUGGAGAACACGUACACUGCAAACAAGUUCGAGGUCUCGGUACAGAUAUUUCCAUCAUCGGAAGCUCAGUAUUUAUCGCUCAAUUUAUCCUAUCGUGUUUCAUGGGCUUGAUUGUGGAUUGGUACGGAUCGACUCUCGCAGUACCUUUGACAUGCUGCGUACUCUCAGCUAUGGCAGUUUUGGCAUCCACUCGAGUCGUGUAUUUGGAUUUAUAACCAUAACGCGAUGUUACUUUGGCGAUCUCUAUUUUAAAUUCGUUAGUAUUAUUUUUCUUUCGCUGUGCAAAUACACCCCCUUUGUCGGGGGUCUCCUUGCACCAGACAAUUUGAUUAUAACUACGUUUUUUUAUUUAUUUCAUCGUUAGAUAAACUACGUGUAGUGUGAUUAUUUAUGUAUUUAAUUAUUUACGUACGAUACGUACUCGUUUUUUUCUUUUCUCGUUGUUUUUUAUACUUACGUUAGCUUUAUGAUAAGGAUGAUGUAAAUGUAAGACACUAUGCGUCGUGUACUUUUAUUACAAUAAAUCCUGUCGAUAUUUUUGUAAAUUGAGA